AUGUAUCGUCAAUUGUUCCGUCAUUUUACCUCGUUAGCAAUCAAAACAACAACAACAACUAAUCUAUUACAAUCUGUCUCACGUCGGGCACAUCAUUGCAGUCCAUUUCCAGUUAUAGCCAAGCCUGCACCUGAGUUCAAAGGUCAAGCAGUUAUUAAUGGACAUUUCAAAGAUAUUCAAUUAUCUGACUACAAAGGAAAAUACGUUAUCCUUUUUUUCUAUCCGCUGGAUUUCACGUUCGUUUGUCCAACUGAACUCGUAGCAUUUAACGAAAAACUGGAAGAAUUUCGUCAACUGGACACAGUAGUCAUUGGUUGUAGCACUGAUUCUGUUUACAGUCAUCUAGCUUGGAUUAAUACACCAAGAAAGCAAGGUGGUCUGGGUGAACUUAACUAUCCAUUAUUAAGUGAUUUCUCCAAGGAAAUUUCUCGUCGUUAUGGUGUUCUCAUUGAUGAUAAUGGAGGCGUUGCCUUGCGUGGCCUAUUUAUUAUUGAUCGAGAACAGAAAUUACGACAAAUUACUAUCAAUGAUCUGCCAGUUGGUCGAUCAGUUGAUGAAGUUCUUCGUUUAAUCAAGGCAUUUCAAUUUGUGGAAAAACACGGUGAAGUAUGUCCGGCAAAUUGGAACGAAAAGACGAAUCCAAAUACAAUAAAACCUGAUCCGGUGAAAUCGAAGGAGUAUUUUGAGAAACAAAAAUAA